AUGGUUUUUCGGCCGCACAGGACCGUCGAGUUCGAAAAUGAUCAAGAUGAUCAUAGCAGCGUAUCAUUGGCCGGCAUCAUCAAGUUACAGCCGAGUCGCACGAAGACGAGCAAGAGCUGGCGAUCAAUGCAGGCGACUGAUCUGGGAGAGGCCUGCACAACACGCGGGCGAAUUUUCAGCAACUUACCUGACCCUAUUCGACUCAGUGAGCAGAUGGGCAAAUUCGAUGGAGAAGUCGUGUUCAUAGGCCAUCCCAACCGGGACAUUUCAGCACAUCAGUGGUCAUCGUCUUCUUUCCAGUGGGUGAACAUUGGUCGGUACUCUCACUCACGGGGCAAAGUGGAAGGCUCACUUGCGUCGGACCGUCUUCGAGGUAUUGACGAGCCUCACGAUACCGUCGAGUAUUUCAAGCUGGCUGCCGAGAAUCGCCAAGCUCUUAUACUCGAGAGUAGCUGCCCGAAGAACCAAAACGCAACGACAGAACCGACUUUGCAUGCAGGUGUAGACUUAGUCGAGCGGCCUCAAGUCCCAAAAGACCCUUCGAUUAGGACCCUCCGCCUCAUCGACCAGACACAAAGCGAGGCAGGUUCAACCACCCACGCUCUACUUACGAAAGACGUAUUGGAAGACCCGUUCAUUGCAGCAGCUGACCAGCUUCCUUCGACCGCGUCUUACCAACCUUACCUUGAUCGCUCACAUACUCCCGCUAAAGUCGAGGAGUCCCGGCUGACCACACCAUGCCUCAGUGCUACUGCUGUGCCUUACUCGCAGGCUCCUUCGGGGCACGGCAUGUUAGGGACGUCCAAGUCCAGCGCUAGUACCGUCAAUGCUGGCGGCGUCGCCCUACAUUACAGCGAUCCAGAUGGCCUGCGGAAGACUCAACAGUACGAGGUUGCAAAUGGCUUGACGCAGCAAGUCCCGACUACACAGAGCUUCAAGGGUCCCUUUUUCACAGACUCUAAGCCGACCACGCACGACCCUACAGUGUCACUCUCUGUCCACGUCAGCGAAGAGGAGAAGCUGAUGAACUGGUAUCGCGAUGGCCAUCGUCCUGCACGCCAGAAAGAGUACACCAAAACGCUCAUCGCUGCGGCGGCAGCCAGCGACAAGAGCCGGCAGGUUGGAGCGAUGGGUGGAGUGUCUACCAAGUUGGAGGAUGGAGCCUACGCGAACACGGGGCCUUUUGUACGUCUGUACGAGAACCUCUCGGAGUAUGUGGAGGAGCAUCGCAAUGGUGGCGGUCAGUCAUACUUCACGCGACGAUGGAAGGCCGUAGAUGCGCAGCUUCGUGAGGCAGGACCUGAGCACAGCAGGAGCUACUUCGGCAAGGGCAUUGCUCGACCUCUGUGGCCAAGAGCCGCGCUUCUGAGGCCUUCAGAUGGUAUGUGGGGAUAA